AUUCAUCAUUUAUUGUAUUUAUUAUGGUAUUGUAGUUAUCCUUCAAAAAAAAAUAUGCUGGAAAGAAGCCUAUAAAAAUAUGCAGCUUGUGUUUCCAAAGAUUCACAAUCCCUUAUUAAAAUAGCAAAAUCCGACGCCUUCAGCUCUUUUCUGUUUGGACAGCUGCUGAGAGGACAAGUUAAAAAAAAGAGUAACAGCUGAAUUUAAUAGAAGUUCUGCUUUAGUCACGACACUUAGAUUAACCACACUCCUGUUUCCUGUCACAUGACAUUAACUUCCCACCACAUCAAUAUUAACCAGAAAUAGCAACAGCUUCUCAGUGAACACAUCUGUGUUUUUCACACAUUCGUAGACUUCCAUCCUUACGAUGGAAGCCGUUUAUGGAAAUGUUGAACCCAAAAAACCUAUGUGCCAACUUCCUGUAUCAAAUCCACCAGCUUCCAUCAAGUUCAACAGAAGAUGUUAUCUCAGUGUUAUUAUUUUCAUGGUAAUGCUGAGUGUUCUCCUUCUGGCUGGACUCAUCGUUUUCGGCCUCUUCUAUGUUGACUCGGUCAGAAACUUGUCAGAAAUCUCUGACAGCAAAAACAAUGUGACUGAGCACCUGAAUGCGGUUAUUGAGAGGCUGAAUUCCAGCCUCAUUAAAACAACCAAGAAGCUGAUGGACUUUAAACAAGGGGAAACAGGAUGUCCUGCUGAAUGGAUCAGAUUUGGCUCUUCUUGUUACUUCUUCUCUAGAGACUCAAAGUCCUGGGAUGAAGCAAGGAACUUCUGCAGAGCCAGAGAAGCAGAUCUGGUGGUGAUAAACUCCAAAAAUGAAAAGACUUUUGUUUCUGCAUUCAGAGAUACACCAGUUUGGAUUGGACUGACUGACGGAGCUGUGGAGGGAACCUGGAAAUGGGUUGAUGGAAGCUCUCUGACUCUGCCAUUCUGGGGAGAAGAUCAACCUGAUAAUGGUGGUGGCAUCUCAAGUUACGGAGAGGAGGACUGUGCUGAAAUUAGAUAUGGCUUUCCUGGAUCUUGGAAUGACGUUUCAUGUAAGAAUUCAAUGAAGUGGAUCUGUGAAAAAUAAGCAAAUCGGUUUCUUUUUUAAAAUUACUUAAAAUUAUGGUUUCUUUUUAACAUUGUUUACCUUUCUAAAUAAAUACAAGAUACAAGAGCUGAUGCUUCUCUAACCCAUACAAAAAAUAUUUCUUUUUCUAAUGCAAAAAAUACCUGCAGCUCAAAUUGAAAGUAAGGUAAAUGAUAUUACAAAAAAUUGAAUAUUAAAUUAGUGAGAUGUCUUCUUUAUCAACAUAUAUUUUGUAUCUGUAGGUGUUGCUUUUUAAUGUGAUGUUUGAUAGAAAAUCGAACAAAGUUUAGCAUUUCUUUAUUGGAGUUAAGAACAAACUAGUAAUUGAUCUGUUACCAUUUUAAAAUUGUUCAUGCUUUUUUUUUUUUUUUUACUUCAGUUGAAUGAGGUCACAAAAUGGAGGUUAUGUACACAGUCGUUGGCUUCUUCUAAAUCAAAAUUCUCAUGCAACAACACCGCACUUCCGUUUGCACAUCACACCUAAUACUCUGUGGAAGUUUAAUGUGGUUACUCACAUUCUUUUGUUUGUGCAAAGCAUGCUGGAAUUUAAAUGUGCUGAACGUGAAACUAUAAAAAACACAAUAAAAAGCUACUUAUUUUUUGCUUGUA